AUGUUUCGAACCAGGACGAACUCGCAAAAACCGGACGAGGAAUUCUACGCGGCCUUCAAGCAAAACUUCCCUGGUGUAGGUCCUGGGUCGCUAUCAGCAGGGCCGGGUCCCGCCCAGCGAUCUUCCUCCCUAAGCGAUGUACUCACAGAUGCAAAUCUACCUAAUAGGUAUGCGCCCACCACUUCAACUGCUCUUUCUCCUUCACAAAGCCUCUUUACGGCUCUCGCAAUUAGUCCAUCCAUCAUGUUAUCGUCGCAUGAAUUGUUUGCCAAGGAUGGUGACGUGCUGACCAGCGAUGAUUCACUCAGACACUUCGGUGAUCCCGGGGACCACAGAGAUCAUGAUGUUACGCCCAAGGGAAUGCAGGACCAUUGGAGGUUCACUCCUUCGCUUAUGGACCCAAACUCAUUUGCAUUCUCUACCUUCGCCAACCAACCUCCGGGCUACUACACGCCAACUCCGGGAGGCCUGAACACACUCUAUCACAGCCAAGCAGGUGAUUUGCAUACUCCAGGGAUGGGCAUGAACAUUGGAACACCACUCUCUCUUCCACAGUCCGCCAACGUUCUCUCAACAGGCAAUCUCAAUAUCCCAUUGCAACACUAUCAACCACAUCUUUUACAGCCUCAACAGUUCGAGAAUGUCCCCAAUUACGCGCCUCAUCAGGUCUUCGCCCCGAGCAGCUUUCUCCAGCAUAAAGAUUCUGGAUACGAGGCUAUGUCGCAAUCACCACACGAUUCACCUGCCAAAGCCGAGAUGGGAAUGCUUCCAAUCGGGACUAAUAUGUCUCUGGGUCAGACUGCCAACAGUGGCAUGGCGGUUUCCUCUGGACCGAUGGGCGACAACUUUCGGUAUCACGUCACACUCAAUGCCCCAACGGCCAUGGUCAAGCACUCUGAUGAGAUCCCUAUCAGUUACCUCAACAAAGGUCAAGCUUAUUCCUUAUCCGUCAUUGACACUUUGCCGCCUGUGUCAAAUGCUUCACCCAUUCGCUAUCGCACAUUCGUCCGUGUUUCUUUCGAAGACGACGAGCAACGUGCAAAACCGGGAGCCUGCUGGCAGCUGUGGAAGGAAGGCCGAGGCACUUCUGAAGCUCAUCAACGGGAAGGGAAGCUACUGGCAGUUGAACACGUUGACACUAACCAAGGAGGUGAUGAAGAGUCACGGAAACCCCAGAUUGAACUACUCAACAAUUCUUUUGAUGGCUUUUGUGUGACAUGGGCACCGAAUCCUGUCAGUGGCCGGUCGGAAUGUUCCAUCUCCGUUCGCUUUAAUUUUCUAUCGACGGACUUUAGCCAUUCUAAAGGUGUGAAAGGUAUCCCCGUCAGGCUAUGUGCAAAGACGGAAAAGAUCCAGCCAGAAUUCUCCAAUGCUGCUCCGGAAAAUCAAGCCGAGGUGUGCUACGCCAAAGUCAAGCUGUUUCGGGAUCACGGGGCCGAGAGGAAGCUUGCCAAUGAUGUGGCUCACGUCAAAAAGACGAUUGAAAAGCUCAAGCAACAAAUUUCACAGGCAGAAUCUGGGAUACCUACGUUCGGGAAGAGAAAGAGAAGUGGCUCCAUGGCAAAGCAAGCAGGGAAAGGACCUGGAAAAGUUAUGAAGCAUAAGCGCACAUGGUCGAUUGACUCCGAUGGGGAGGCACCUGCACAACCUACCCAAGAGGAAGAUCUGGUUAUGAAAUUGACCACCAUGCAAGACAUGUUCUCUUCUACUCGACCUGUCAGUGUCCUCGAUCUUCGAGGCGACAAAGAGGAUGAUCCGGAUCUAUUUCCUGUCCAAUUUCCUGGCGGGCCACAAGAUACUGCCUCCUUGACACGGCAAGACACAUGGGACUCGAAACCCAGCGCAGCCAGUACGCCUACGAACUCGAAUGCCAUGUCACCAACGUCAAGUUCCAACGCAGUAGUCUCGCCUCACUUGGCCCAUUCAACCUUUCAACCACCACUACCGCUACCACCAUCAGACCCCACGGGCUUCUCGCAAAGAGGCUCGAUUGAUGCCGCAUUUUCACAAACAUCAACGUCACAGUCUCCUUCCCAGACAGUGUCACUUCAGAAGUCCGGCAUUUCUGGCAAUGUAAUCAACGUCUUCGGCGUAGAUCUAGAUUAUCAAGCACCUUCAGAGCGUCCGAUCAAGCCAGUCGCGUGUUUCUACGUCCGGAGAAAAGAUUCCAAAGAUUUGUACUACCGUGCCGUGUAUCUGAUGCAGCGUACCGUCAAGGAUCUCAUCAACGCCAUAUCUGAGAAGUUCCAGGUCGAUCCUACAGCUGUGACACGCGUAACGCACCUGGACUCGAAAGGCCUGCAUAUUAUUGUUGACGAAGAUGUUGUACGAGAACUUCCUGAAGAACAGGAUAUGAUCGUCGAAUUCUCCAAAGUACACCACGAACAGGCUGUCAAGUCAGAAGCCCGAGAGAUGUCAGAAACCGGCAUCAUGGUCGACGGUGAUGUGACCGCUCUCGACAGUAUGUACACGGACGGUCUGGAGAUGUGGCUUAACUAUUGA